AUGGUAGGGGUAAGUGUAGACUAUUUUUAUUCAGCCCCUCCCACUGCCUGCCACUGCAUUUGCGCCAUGGCGAUCUUCCCUCUCUCCACCCUCCCCCCCUCCCCCCUCUCCCCCCCACUCUCCCUCCCAGGAGUGAAUGGAGCACGCGCAGUAGUAUUCGUUCUAGUGGCUGGUGGCCGCGGGGGCGCGCUACGAGACGUCGAAUGCCGUCCGCAAGGCCGUGCGCUUCCUGCUGGACAAGCAGCUGCCGGCAGGGGGGUGGGGGGAGAGCUACCUGUCGAGCCAAGACAAGGCCGUGCGCUUCCUGCUGGACAAGCAGCUGCCAUGCCAGCAGGGGGGUGGCGGGAGAGCUACCUGUCUAGUCAAGACAAGAAAUACGUCAACCUGCCGGGCGAUCGACCUCACCUGGUGAGCGCAGCAUGGGCCAUGCUGGCGCUCAUGGAAGCCGACCAGCACCUGCGUGACCCUCGACCUCUGCACGCUGCAGCGCGGGUGCUGGUGAACGGGCAGAUGGAGGAUGGAGACUUCCCCCAGGAGGUGAGGGAGAGGGCAGGGGCACGGGUGCUGGUGAACGGGCAGAUGGAGAAAGGAAUUCCCCCAGGAGGUGAGCGAUCGCUGUGGGUGCAAAGGGUGAGAAGCGAGGGGAGGGAGGUGGGGAGGGCCCUGCGCAUUCCAGCACAGGUGCUGGUGAACGGGCAGAUGGAGAAGGCGGGUGUCCCUCAGGAUGUGAGGGAGAGCUGUGGGGUUUGA